UGUCAAUCAUCAAACCGGAUUAAACCAGUUCUAAUCAGCUUUUUUCGCGUGGGCGCUCAGUAAACAAAGAAAACAAUCCGACUUUCAUGGAUUUUUGUGGAUUUUCACUAUAUACAAUCUGAAUAAACUUAAAUUUAUUGGUGCAAAAGGCAAAAUAGAUUACGUUUGACAUAAACAGGAGGAUUUUGAAAGGUUGGAACAAUUUUACAUUGGAUAAACAUAUAAAUUAACUAUCGACAACAAUUUUUUUUUCUUUGUUCCGCUUGUUGCGUGAAUGUUACAGAGCACAGAAUGGCAUAUUCACGUACUCGUGUGGCUAUUAUUGGUCAUGGCUUUAUUUGUCGCAUUGACGACUGCUUUCACCGUUCAGUUUUUCCUGCUAACUACGAUCUGGAGGAGUGCUUAGUUUUCCAUAAGGGUCUAGGUGGUCUCACAGCCUGUGAAAAUUACACAGAUCUUGCAAUGUCGACGAGGAAGCGUGGAAAAUCCUCAGCCAAAUCAGUACUACUAAAACGCCAAAAAGUGGCAACUCCGUCAACAUCAAAUACAAUUAACGAUAACUCUGUGCAAAAUAAUACAAUACGUUUUGGAGAGCACACACAGCAGCUACAAUCCAACGAAACACGCCCAGACCAGACCGACAUAAUAGUAAAUAGAAUAACUGAAAAACUCGAUGAAAUAGUGGAAAAGAAAGUAAACGCUAUCUUGAAGGCAAACAGAAACGAGAGACCUGGAUCAAGCCAAGCUGGACAGAAUGUAACUGGACACGAAGCACAUAAUCUGGGAGAGCCAGAGGCGCAACAUACAGGAAACACCUCAGGUACUGGUCUGUCUGGGUAUCUAAAUGCCACGUCACUCCAAACUUCGCCCACCAUACCCUUAUUUUCUACUGUCCCAUUGAGAAUUAAAGAAACAAGAUGGCCCUAGGUCGCUCACCUAAGAAACAAACUAUAACAGUGUAAACAUGUUUAACCUACUGAUUUCAUGAAAACAAAUAUUUUGGUCAAUUUUCAUUAAGAUUGGACUAAAGAUAUGGUCUCUUGAGUUUAAACAAGUAUUUUCUUAGAUAUGACCUAGUUUUUGAUCUCAGAUGACCCAUUUUCGAACUCGACCUCGAUUUCAUCAAAGCAAUCAUUCUGACCAAUAUUCAUGAAGAUCAAUUGAAAAAUACAGCCUCUAUCGCAUACACAAGUUUUUUUCCUUGAUUUGACCUAGUGACCUAGUUUUUGACCCCAGAUGACCCAUUUUCGAACUCGGCCUAGAAUUUAUUAAAGUUAUCAUUUUGACUUAAUUUCAGGAAGAUUUAUGGAAAAAUACAGCCUCUACUGCAUAUACAAGCUUUUCCUUUGAUUUGAUCUAGUGACCUACUUUUUGACCCCAGAUGACUCAUAUUCGAACUUGACCUAGAUUUCAUCAAGGCAAUCAUCCUGACCAAAAUUCAUGAAGAUUAAUUAAAAAUACAGCAUCUAUCGCAUACACAAGGUUUUUCCUUGAUUUGACCUAGUGACCUAGUUUCUGACCCAGUUGACCCUUUUUCGAACUUCAUUUGAUUCCAGAUGACCCAUUUUCGAACUCAGCCUAGAUUUCAUCAAGGCAAUCAUUCUGACCAAGUUUCAUGAAGAUCAGUUGAAAAAUACAGCCUCUAUCGCAUACACAAGCUAAAUGUUGACAGACAGACGACAGACGACGGACGCCGGACAUCGAGCGAUCAGAAAAACUAACCUGAGCAUUGCUCAGGUGAGCUAAAAAUCUGGGCAGAAGAAUAUGUUGAUUUUUCCACUGUUUUUUUUCGAAAAACCAACUUGAAGAUGAAUCACUCCAUUUUUCAAUAUCACGUAAAGGAAUUACAACAGUUGCACCCUCCUCAACCAAAUUCAUUAAUAUUGAGCAAUGGACAGAUUUAUCUGCAAUAUUUUCAUCUGUCUACAGGCAAAGUUAUCCAGAAGCUGCAGAGCAGCUGGCCCAGUAGGGUAAUUGGCAUUUUUAUGAUUGCCAGUUUCGCCAGCUACGUCAGCAUCAUCCCUUUCCAUGGGACGCUAUCCACCACGAGCAAUAUAUUAAAGCACUAAGCCAAAAACAGCCCUUUCGGACCGAUGGCCCAAAGUCGGACCAGUCCAAAAAUACAUGUAAUAGAUACAAUAAGGGGCACAACUGCUAUGGGUGUACAUACAUCCACAAAUGCAGGGGAUGCUAUGGGACCCACCCAUAUUUCAGAUGCUGGAAACGCUCAACAGAACCAAAUCAAGCCAAGGUUAAUCCAGUUGCAAGUCCAACCGCCCCACCAAGGUCAAACCCCACCAACAGAGUUAACAACAAAUAGGUUUCCCACCCCAGUUAAGUGGCAGGAAUUAGGCAAAAUGUUGUAACUUUAUGACAAAGACAUGGAAGAAUACCUUCUCGAUGGUUUACGGUCAGGUUUCAAACUGCAAUUUCAAGGUUCCCGGGAUAGCACAGACAGCCCAAAUCUCAAGUCUGCCCGAGAUCAUUCCACAAUAGUGGAUGAAAAUAUACAAAAAGAGGUACAAUUAGGUCGCAUUUCUGGCCCAUUUCAAAUGAAGCCUUUUCAACAUUUUAAAAUUUCACCAAUAGGAGUAGUGCCUAAAAAGAACCUAAUCAGUUCCGAAUGAUUCAUCACUUGUCUUAUCCUCGCAAUAAGGUUACAUCUGUCAAUGACCAAAUCCCCUCGGCAUUUACAGAGGUAUCCUAUGACACGGUAGAAGAUGCUAUUUCAAAAUUAAAAUUCUUGGGUAAAGAUGCAUUUAUGGCGAAAACUGAUAUCAGCUCAGCUUUCCGCAUUAUUCCGAUUCGGCCGACGGAUUACUGCUUGUUAGGUUUUAGAUGGAAUGAACAGUAUUAUUAUGAUAGAUGUCUUUCGAUGGGAGCUUCUUCAAGUUGUAAGAUUUUUGAAACAUUUAGUACAGCCCUGAAAUGGAUAGCCCAGAACAAAUUUGGCAUACGCUAUAUUGUCAAAAUCCUUGAUGAUUUCCUAUUCCUAGCACCAACAGUUCAUGAAGCAAAACUGGCUCUUUAAUCUUUCUGUCACAUGUGCUCAAUCAUAGGUGUACCCUUAAAUGCUGAUAAAACUUUUUAUCCCUCACAAAUUAUGACUUUUUGGGAAUAAAACUAGAUUCUGUUCGUAUGGAAGCCCGUCUUCCACAAGAAAAAAUUGGCAAGGCCAUUUGCAUCUUAGAAGAAUUACAAUCUAAACAAACUUGUCAGCUCCGUACGCUUCUUUCAAUCAUAGGCCUGCUCAAUUUCGCAUGCGCUGUCGUCACUCCUGGUAGAGCUUUUCUUCGACGUCUUAUAAACUUGACGUUAGGCGUCAAAAAGUUACAUUACAAGGUUUAACUCCGUGCAUCAGCGAAAAAUGAUAUUGCAAUGUGGCUUGAAUUUUUGGAACACUUUAACGGUACAUCAUUUUUCAUUAAUGAAAAACAUCUCAGUAGUGACAGUCUUUGUCUUUAUACAGAUGCCUCUGGCUCUAAAGGUUUUGGGGCAAUAUAUAAACGUGACUGGUUCUUUGGGGCCUUUCCUGAAUCUUGGCAUAAGGCCAACAUCACUUUCUUAGAGCUGUAUCCAAUAGUCAUUGCAGUAAUUUUAUGGGGACAUCUCUGGAAAAACCACACAUUAGUUUUUAACACAGAUAACGAAGCAUUGGUGUCCGUUAUCAGUAAGCAAACAUCAAAAGAAAACAAUGUCAUGUUCCUUAUUAGGAAGUUGGUGCUUUGUUGCCUAAAACAAAACAUCAUAUUUUUAGCCCGUCACAUUAGGAGCAAAGAUGAUAGCUUAGCUGAUGCGCUUUCUCGAUUUCAGAUCGAUCGGUUCAAAGAGCUAGCGCCACACUGCAAGCAAACACCGACAACAUUAGAUCCCAGCCUUCAGCCGGAGAUAUUUUGCAAGGGGUUGAAAUCUGUUAAUGCAUCACUGGCCCCUUCUACAGUUGAAACCUACAAACGAGGCUGGAAACAUUUUGACACCUUUUGUUGCUCCUACCUCGGUGAGGCCAUGUCUUUGCCAGUCUCAGUAUCAAUAUUGGCCUUAUUAGUUGCUUAUCUUCACCAAAAAAGAAUGUCUGCAAAGUCAAUUCUAACCUACUUGUCAAGCAUUAGUUAUGUGCACAAACUGUCAAACAUGACAGAUCCUACCAAUCAUUUUCUUAUUUCUACUCUUAUCAGGGGCGCUCAGCGCUUAGCCCCAUCCUAUGAUCUGCGCUUACCGAUUACAGUUUGCCUCUUAGACAAGUUGAUAUCUGCGCUGUCAUACACAUGCGAGUCUUAUUAUUACAAAACACUUCUCUCUGCCAUGUUCUUGUUUGCUUUUAACGCAUUUUCACGCUGCAGCGAGAUAACAUUUUCAAAACCAUCAACUGAGCAGUUCAUCUUCCAAUUCGCUGAUAUAUCUUUUCAUGAUGAAACUACCAAUGAUACGUCAGUCACUGUUACAUACCGUUUCUUUAAACACAACUAUGGUAAGCCUCACAACCUUACGUUCUCACACGGGCAUACGAAAGUAUCCGUAAUCCAAGCGUUAAAGAACUAUAUUGCCAUUCGCAUCUGCAGAGCUUGUCCUCUUUUUUUCCCUACCUUCAGGCGCACCUGUUCCAAGGAAAAUGUUUGAUAAACAGCUGUCGACGACCUUAACGUUUUGUGGGUUAGACAGUAAUAGGUACAAGUCUCACAGUUUUAGAAUAGGAAAAAGCAUCUGACUGUGCACGAAGGGGCUAUUCGGAUGCUAAAAUUAGGUUAUUAGGCAGAUGGAACAGUAAUACCUUUCAAAAUACAUUCGUAAUACAGACUUUUAGCAUAUAACAACAUCUUACCGGUGCAUUGCUUGGGCUAGCCUGGAUAAGACUGCUCUUGCUUUUAAGGCCCAACUUGUCCUCUAAACCAGAACUUGCUACAUGCUUGGGCUUGGUAGUUAAGUUUAUUUUUUUAUAAAUCUCAUACCCAGACAGCCAGUUACCAUACAUGUUCAAUGUAUUAUAUUUGAAAUACAGUACAGUUUUCGUGAUGUGUACAAUUAUAGAUGACUUUACAGGACUAUUAUGUUUUUUAUGCUUUCUUAAUCUUGUAAGAACGUGUAUAUAUUAUUUCUUUGCAUAAGUGUAUGUAUAUAUAUUUUGCUACCUGCUUGGGCUGGUAGACAAGCAAUACAUGUAUUUUCUUAAUAUCAGUCAACAUCUAUGAUUAUUUUGUUAAUUUGGUGCUUUAAGCGAUAACUGAAUGUAAAUAUGAAAUCCAACAUAAUGAUGGCUUCCUGCUUGGGUUGGUUGCUAAAUAAUGGAUAUACAUGUGUCUCUUUUUUACACCAUCUUUUAUCUAAGAUAAUAUUUUCUACAAUUCAGGCAUAAUAAAUUAAGUAAUAGGAUGGAAAUUUUGUCGAUUUAGAUCUAUCAACACUAAAUAUAUAUUGAUGUUGAAAUCCAUACUACUUAAUGAUGUUUAGUUUAAGUUAGCAACAUAAUUUUGCUAAUUAUAUUCAUUUUUAGCUCGACUAUUCGAAGAAUAAGUAGAGCUAUCCUACUCACCACGGCGUCGGCGUCGGCGUCGGCGUCACACCUUGGUUAAGUUUUUCGUACCAGUCCACAUUUUGACAAAGUCUUUUGAGAUAAAGCUUUGAAACUUUCAACACUUGUUUACCAUCACCAUGGCCAGUUAUAGGCAAGAGUACAUAACUCCAUCAAGGAUUUUGGCUGAAUUAUGGCCCCUUUUGACUUAGAAAUCAUGGUUAAGUUUUUCGUGCCAGUUCAUAUUUUGACAAAGUCUUUUAAGAUAAAGUUUUGAAACUUUCAACACUUGUUUACCAUCACCAUGGCCAGUUAUAGGCAAGAGUACAUAACUCCAUCAAGGAUUUUGGCUGAAUUAUGGCCCCUUUUGACUUAGAAAUCAUGGUUAAGUUUUUCGUACCAGUUCAUAUUUUGACAAAGUCUUUUAAGAUAAAGCUUUGAAACUUUCAACACUUGUUUACCAUCACCAUGGCCAGUUAUAGGGCAAGAGUACAUAACUCCAUCAGGGAUUUUGGCUGAAGUAUGGCCCCUUUCGACUUAGAAAUCUUGGUUAAGUUUUUCGUACCAGUUCAUAAUUUAGACAAAGUCUUUUGAGAUAAAGCUUUGAAACUUUCAACCCUUGUUUACCAUCACCAUGUGCAGUUAUAGGGAAGAGCACAUAACUCCAUCAAGGAUUUUGGCUGAAUUAUGGCCCUUUUUGACUUAGAAAUCUGGGUUAAUAUUUCAUACCAGUUCAUAUUUUGACAAAGUCUUUUUAGAUAAAGCUUUGAAACUUUCAACACCUGUUUACCAUCACCAUGUCCAGCUAUAGGCAAGAGUACAUAACUCCAUCAAGGAUUUUGGCUGAAUUAUGGCCCCUUUUGACUUAGAAAUAUUGGUUAAGUUUUUCGUACCAGUUCAUAUUUUUUGUAAAGUGUUUGACAUAUGGCUUUGAAACUUUUAUCACUUGUUUAGUAUAAUAGUCUCUAUCUGUAGGAAGGAGAACAUAUUAACUCUGUCAUCUAUUUUGGCUGAAUUAUGGCCCUAUUUGGACUUUGAAAUUGGUUCUGUUUCCAUACAAGUCCAUGUUUUGUCAAAACUAUUUGACAUAUGGCUUUUAAACUUUGAACACUUGCUUAUCAUUAUGAUUUACAUCUGUAGGCAAGAGUACCUAACUAUUUUGACUGAACAAUGGCCCUUUUUGGACUUUGAAAUUGGCUCAUAUAUUGCCAUUUAGUGCAAGACUUAACGAAAUCAAAGUAAUACAGGAACAUUGUUUGUCUAAUCUAUUUUUUCUUUUGUCUGAAUAUCCGUGGAAAUAUUUUGACCCCAUUCUUCAAUCAAUUCUUCGAAUAGUCGAGCGCGCUGUCAUCAGAGAGCUCUUGUUCUUAAUAGUUGUUUGCAUUUUAGCCUGCUAUAUAAAUGUUGAUUUAUUUCUUUUUUUUCAUACAGUUAAUCGAUGCAAUUUUCUUUCCUCAUUGCUACAUGCUUGGGCUUGGCAGCCAAAGGGAUUUAGCUAUAAAGUUUCAGAUAUAGAUACUACAUUAACACAUAUAUACUAUAUAUGUAGUCCGCUAACAUGGAAAUGACUAUUAAGCUAUAAUGUUACACGGCGUUGUGCUUCAGAAGUCCAUUAAGGGCAUAUAUAAGAAUAUAUAGACGUGUACGUAAUUCAAGUUGUGCCUUCGCCUAAAAUAUUAAUGGACAAUAUUUGGCUUUAAUCGUUAAUAACGUUACUUUGGAAAAGAAUAUAGAUCUUGUAUGUUUACAAGUCUGUCUGAGUUACUUUAUGUUGUAUGUGCUUUUCAGUAUGCAAUUUUAGUAAAUAACUAUUUCAUACUGGAUAGACAUUUUUCCCCAGGAUUUAUGAGUUAUCCCAGGUUUUAAUUUCAAGAUUGUUAACUUUAACCAUUUCAGAGAUUAUAAAACACUAUAUCCUCUUUCCGGUUGUAAAACACUAUAUCCUCUUUCCAGUAGCGUCAUACUUUUUCUGUGGCGGAGGAAGGCCUUUUAUUAAAAGUCCUACCUUUUGGCCAUUUCUAAAGAAACCGCCACUGUUUGUUAGAUUCUGACUAUUUGAUCUUUUACCUAUAUUGUUUUGAUAAUUUUGUAAUUCUGCAAUUUAUAAAUCGUAACUUUUUACUUUAUCCACAAGGUCAUUUAUAUGACCAUUAAUCACAACAUGUAUCUCAUGUCUUGCUUUCUCCCAUAAGGGUCAUAAAGAGAAGCUAUGUCCAGGCAUAGCGCAUUUUAUGACGGCAUAUGGGAGGGACGGAUACCGGAUAUCAGAAUUUAGUUAGUAGCUGUCAAUCAUCAAACCGGAUUAAACCAGUUCUGUUCAGCCUUUUUUCGCGUGGGCGCUCAGUAAACAAAGAAAACAAUUCGACUUUCCCACCUCCGUCCCCUACACCACUCUUUGAAUACGCUUUUACUC